AUGGCUGACAUGACUGCGGCCCAGCUGUUUACUGUGGAAGGCAUCGAGCGCGAACGUCAGCUGAACGACCAACGAGAUGCUGAAGAAGCCGAGCGUCAACGCCUGUUGUCUUCCCAGGUGAUUGACCAGUACUUCCGCAUCAUUCACUGUCAGCCCUCCACGGCCGAGAAAAAUACUACUACAGGUCCAGGGCCCUCCAACGCCGAGGACGAUACUGCUACAGGUCCAGACACACGGGUUCCGCAGAUUCCUCCUUUCGACCCGGACGUCCAAUCCGAAAUCGACGUCUUUUUCAGAAGAAGCCCGCAGACUCGUACCUCAGCCCAUGCCCGCUGGUUACUGGACUUACUAUGGCGCAUCAUGUCAGCCGACUAUGGAUUGCCUCUUACGGAGAAGCUCACCGACUGUGAACACAUACACUGGCUUGGGGUUGCUCUCUCUUACGGUGGUCUCGUGCCUGGCGACGAGGGGCUGAAGGAUAUCUAUGAUAUCACAGACCUGGACUACGCCAUCCGCAAACCAGCACACGAACUAGGCCUCAACCUCAAGGCCGUCGAAUCGUCUAUCCUCCUCUACUUCCGCUACACCAAAGGACUGACCGUACUCUACCCCGGCUGCAUCGACACGUUCUGGGCGCCCAAAGGGCUGGAAGUGCUGGCUUUCAAGAUGUGCUACGACACUCACUUCAACAUCCGCUUGGCCUCUGAUAAGAGUCAAAUGUUGAAUAUCACCGCGGGUAUUGUUCUUACGACGCGUCGGUACUAUGAUGAUAGACAUCCCUGGAUGCAAGCGUUGACGAUUUCCAACCAAAAGUUGCAUGAGGAGAUUAAGGCGGCUAUUGAUAUGAGGGAAGGGAAGGACAAGGAAAUGCGGGAAGAGGUUGUGGGGGAGAGGAAAAAGCUACAGAAGAAACAGAAGAAGAUGGAGAAGAAAGAAAGGCGUUCGUGCAUGUCGUGGUUAUCAGGCACUCGUAGUCGCAGUUUUUGGCCAGGUUGGUAG